GUUUCUCUUUCAACUUCCCUGGAAGGAUAAUAUUUCUUCCCUAUAUCAUCAGGAACUCCCAACCCCCACCAUUUUGGCAAGACAACUAAGAGCUCCUGAUUCUGAACGCAAGAAUAAUCAAGGCCAAUUAUAGCACGAUCUUUCGAGCGCCUGAUUGAUCGCAUAUCAACCAACCCUCUCGCCCACAGCAACAGGCCUGGGCAAUGGCUGAAGCACUAGGAGUAGUCGCGAGCGCCAUUACAGUCAUCCAAAUUUCGCAGCAAGUCAUCAAGCUCUGCAAAUUUUAUACUGAAUUACUUAGCUCUGAAGCCCCUUCUAGCUUACGCGCCGUUCUAAUCGAAGUGUCUACGGUGAAGUCUGUUCUUGAAGGCUUGGAAUUCUUAUUAAUAUGCGAUACCUUUACCCCUAGCUUGCAGAAUCGCCUGCCGGGUUCUGAUGGCCCUGUUGAAGGCUGUAGGGCCGCGAUGAUAGCACGAGAGAAACUCUUCCCUAAAGAUUCGGUUCAGAGCGGGCAGAGUACUUCGAAACGGCAAAGAGUCCAAGCAACCUUAGCAUGGCCUCUGAAGCAGGGGCGGGUGCAGGAACUUCUGCAGCAGAUCAGCCGCCAUAAGGCUGGCAUUUAGCUCGCGCUGACAACAGAGGUUACGAAGGAUAUUAAAGAUAUUAAAGCAACUUCAGAAGAAAUUCGCUCUAUUUUAACAGGUAGAAAACUCCAACUAAGCACAUAACCGUUAUCUAAGUCGCAGCUACUAACAUUUCAUAGAGGACCAAUGCAAUAAAGUCUACAAGUAGCUAACGUCAACCGAUCCUUUACCUCUUCACAAUCGGUCGAGGCGACUUUAUGAAUAAGGAACCGGAAGCUAGAUGCUUCGCUUACUAAAUUAGACUAACUAGCUGGCCUCCCGAAUCCGAUGCCUUUGGGUCUAUGGUAUUCUAGGUGCUAGAAAGACUAUCCUUACAUUAUGGUUAAUCGAACAAGUCUAGGAUCACU